AUGAUGCGGCGGAGUCUCCCUGGCGUGCCCAUGGUGCCGAGGCACCAUCGCGUGCCGCAGCAUGCUAACAUGUAUGCGCUGCGUAUGCAUGGACAGGCACGCUCUAUAUUUGGCCUAUUCAAACGCAAACCCAAGGCCGAAGCGCCCGUCGCGCCGCCACCCGUGCUGGGGCCCGACAACUUGUUCCACAAACUGUCCGAGUCGCCGAUCCCAUCCAUGCGUGCGCGUGGCGAACGCAUACGAUCAUUGGCGCCUUGCCCUGUCAGCAUGUCCAAGUACGGCGUGCGCAGACUCGUCAACUUUGAGUGCCCAGAUUGUGGUUGGCCCACUCAUUUCUCAGAGAAGGAGUGGAAGGAAGACACGGAGCACGGUCGUUAUGUGGCGCGCCUGCGUGAGGCAAAUGAAGAUGAGCAUGACUUGCGCAGCGGUCGUCCCAUGACCGAGUUUCAGCUGCCGCGUGAUCAGACCGCCGAGGCGGCCAUCAACUUGUCUGGCUGGGACCAGUUCUUCUAUACACGCGAUUUUCCCUCCAUCGAGUCGGAGCGAAGUAAACGCCACGUCUCCAAGCUCCUUACAUUCCCGCUGACCAUUGUAGGCGCACUGCAUGAGUUCAGUCCGUACACGCGCCGCAACUCGCGCUUGACCCAUGAGGGACUCCGCUCCCUCACGCCGUUGCGCCAGACACUUCACCCCGAACUGGGCUCAAAGCCACAGCUCGAUGCCGUCCGUGUGUUUGUCGUAGGAGCCCGCGCAGAGGCGACACUCCCUCCCGAUGUGUGGAACCAGAUCUCGUAUGUGUUCCCCAACGUCCCAAUCCAUGUCAUACUGAUCGGGCCUGAAGCCGCCAUCCCACCGAAACAUGUCCCGAAUCCCUGGAAUCAUCCUGCGUACAAGGAACGCGCUGCCUCCUUCCCUUUCCCGUCGCGCAGCAUCGCCGUGUCAGAAGGCCUCACGCUCACGGUCAUCCAGACCACCUAUGAGAAAGUCCACGCUCUCUUCGAGCCAUUCGAUCCAUACACAGACGUUUUCUUCGCCUUUGCACCUGGAUUCGGAUUCCCAAGUGUGAUUGCCGUGGAAGAACAGGCUCGACUGCGCGCGGAAGAACGCGAAGACGAGCGCAAAAUGCAAGAAGCGCGCGACACAUACUAUGCCAAGAACGCGCCUUCGGAAGAGGCGCCUCAAGUCGCAUUCCGUCCUACGGAGGUGGCCAAGAACCCAGCCGGUGGCGAUGUGCCAUCGGACGAGCCGGCGCCAGCUGUCGUGGCCAUGCGCCCGUCGAAGAACAACUUCACGGCGCUGCAAACAGCACCCGUGGUACAGGCACAGCGUGAAUGGGCCCAGGCCAUCGGUCAGCUGCUAUCGACUCGUUGUGCGCUGUUCGUAUCCGGAUUUUCGCCCGCGGACGUCGAACGCGACGUAUUGGCGUUUGAAUCGGUCGAGGGUGUCAGUGGAGAAUUUGACUGGCUCCUGACGCCAGGCGAAAACGUCUUUGCCAGCCAGCAGUGGGCGAUCGCCGACUUUGAUCCGCGUGUGGCUGUGAAGGCCAACUGGGGUCUUUGGGCCGUGCGCGGUAAGCGCUAUGAUAUCCUGGGCCCACAGUGGGACCCACUAUAG